AUGGAGCCGCAGGAAAAUCCAGUGCAACAAGGAGGGACCCAAACAGGAGUGCAGCAUAAUGGAGCAAAAUCAUCUCAAAAGAUUGAGUCUCAUACAAGAGAAAAUGGAAGAAAUGCCCAACUGACAAACAGCAGUGAAAGACACGAGAACCCAGGAGUCCCCUCAGGCCAAGCACAUAGUCCCUGGAGUGACCUGGAGAUCAGGGUGUUUCUGGAGGAAUGGGAAAUGGUCCAGCAUGAAGUAUUCUUUGGAAGAGAGCAGCCCCAUGCCUUGCCCACAGCCAUCUCGCAGCGCCUGUGGCACCGGGGCAUAAGGAAGGGUUCGAGAAGCUGCUUGAGAAUGCUGGUCACCUUGUGCAGACUGUACUGGAGUAUAUGCCAGGCCCACCAGAGCCCCCGGAGGGAACCUUUAUUUUCUCCCUAUGAGGGGGCCCUGCACAGGAUCCUGGGGCCCAGAUGGGUGAAGAUUCCUCUCCCAGGUCCUCCCUCUGAGUCUCUCGGGCACCUGCCACCUCCCAUGUGCCCGGCUCCCGCUGUCUACCAGCCCCAGGCCUGGGGCAGCGCCAUUUAUCCUGGAAUGCUGCACUUUGUUCCUUCACCGUGCACAGUCAUGGGGGCUUCUCUUCCACCUGCCUGGCAGCCUUGGACCCUGAACCCUCCAAGUGAAAUGACAAACCUGCCUCCUGCCGUCACCCAGAGGACCCCACCCUCCAGCAGCAGGGGCCACCUCUUCUGACCAUGCGGAGCUUUCCUAAUCACAAGUAGAAAUUGCUGUUUGCUCUCUAGAUACAUCACUAUUGUGUAAUUUUUAUACUAGUUAUCCAUUCUUUUCUAUGUAUUGUUAGAAUAAAAGUUGAUUUUAAUUGAA